AUGAUAGCUCCUCAGGCAGGAUUUCUUCCUUCUAUUAACUAAUAAUAGAAUAAUAGAAAUACAGCAAAUAUAUUUCAAAAAGGAGCAUAAAAUAUAUUUAAUUUACCUUAAAUAAAUAAAUAUAAUUAGAAUACACUGCAUGGAUAUUCCAUAGAUAAUACAGUUAACAACUAAAAAAAUUAAAUUAAUGGAUAUAAACCUGAAUCUUAAAGCUAAAGAUAUAACCAUAAUCUAAAUUAACCAUAUAUCUAACACUAAAACAGCUAUUCUCCUAAUAGAUACCCUUAGAAUUUAUAAAAUUAGAACAACUCUGUAAAUUAUCAAUAUAAUUAAUAAAUAAACGAUUUACAAUAAAACUAAAGUAAUUUGGUUAAUGCUUAGAUAAAUUAGAAUAAUUUUUAGAUGAUUGAUAAUUAAAAUCAGUAAAAUGCUUAUUUAUUUUAAAAUAGUUAAAUGUAAAUGCCAUAAAUGAAUGGUUUCGGCCACAUUUAAUAGUAAAAUUAAUAAUUUUAGCAAUAACCAACUUCGUUUCAGUAGAUAUAAAACUAAUCUUUGUAAAAUAGGAAUUACUAUUAGUCUAAUAAUGAUAAUAAUUUGAAUCAAUAAUAAAUGUAAUACUUUUAUGGAUAAAAUUAAUAGCAAAACCACAAUAAUAAUUAAUUAAAUACAUAUAAUAUUGGAAAUUAAGGAUAUUAAAAUGGAGUUUAAUAACACUAAAAUGUGAAGUAUUAUGGAAUUAAUGAUAGAGAAAGAAAAUCUUAAAGUGAAAACUCAAGAAAUACUUAAAAAAAUCUAGGAAUAGAUAACAAAUAAGACUUAGCUACUGCACUAAAGUUAUAAAUGGAAGAAAAGAAGAAAAGAUAGAUGGAAGAAAAAGAAAAAAACAGGCUACAUGAACUAAGUCUAUUAAAUUACAAUUUAAAAAAUAGUCCAUUUUCAAAGAACUAAGUCAAUAGAUAAGAGUAGUUUAUUUAAAAAAUUAAAGAAACUUCACCUAAUAAAUCAUAAUAAGGUUCAAUCUCUGUAAAACAGACAUCACAAAACUAAGAUAUUCUAGGCUUACCAUAAAAUAAUUAGCCCAUGACAUAAACAGUUAUUCAUAAUACCUUUAUACCUUAAGAAUAAUAAGUUGAUAUAGAUUAAUAAAGUAUAGCAGCAAAUUAUAAUCAUUAAAAUUAGAUUCCUUCUUUAAAUGAGUUUAUAUAAGUUAAUCAGCUAUCUUAAAUACCUCAAGUUAUAGUAGCAAGUCAAGUUAGUAAGAAUAUCUAAAAUAAUGCAAAUAUAUAAGAUAAUUCAUAAACAAAUGCCGAUAUUUACAAAACUUAAACUCAGUUUCAAAAAAAAUCUUUGAUUGUAGCUAACAACAAUGUGAUUUAAAAUCAAGAGUAAUAGGAAAAGGAUGUAAAAUCCUAAAAACUUAUGGAGUAUUAAUAAAUUUUGCUUUAGCAAAUAGAAGAACAAAAGGUCAAAAAAUAACUUGAAAAAUAAAAGAAAAUUGAAGAAGAACUUUAUUAUGAAAAAUAAUUUUUAAAACAAUUAGAAUAAUAAUAAAACAAAGAGCAAAUAGAUAAAUAUAAAUAGUAAUAAUAAUACAUAAAUGUAGAUAGAGUAAAUAAAUAAUAAAUUAACUAAAAUGAAUAGUAAUAAAAAAAUACUAUUUCAAUACGUGCUUAAAAUUAGGUCAUUGAAGCAUAAUAAAGUGUAGAAACAGAACUAAAUUUUAAGAGAUAGUCUUCUGCUUAAUCAACUAUUUCUCAAAAUGAGGAAUCAAAAGCAUUGAAGAAAAGUAUCUUAACAAGAUCUCAAAGGAGCUAUACUACCAACGAAGAAUAAAAUAAGCAAUCAAAAGAAAUGGAAAGAAGCUAAAAAAUUGCUUAGGCCUUAUAAUAUCAAAAUUAGUAUUAAGGGAAUCCAAUGUAUUUUAACCCUUACUAAAGUUAAUUUCAGAACUAAUAUGGGUAAUAUAACAUUGAGCAAAACUAGAAUAUUAUAGAGUUUUAAAAAGUGAUCAGUGAUAUGAUGAACUAGCUAACAGAAAAUUAGUAGCACAUUCAGAAUGUUCUUAAAUAAGUUAAAACUCAAAGUGAAGAAAACACCAAAUACACUUAAAAUCAACUUAAAGAAAUAUAAAAAUUGAUAAUCCAAUAACAAACUAAUAGAAGUUUUAAUGAAGGAUUGCAGACUCAAUAAAAUUUUAAUAAUGAUUAAAGAAUUAGUAGAGAACAAACUAAUGAUCAAUAAAUAUUUAAAACACCAUAAAAACUAUAGUAGUCACCAAACUAAAUAUCUCAAGCUGUUGCUAAUACUUUAAAUUAGUAAGAAAUAUUAUAGAAGUAAUCUCAUCACAAAGUUAGGUCAUCACAUUCAGUCGAUAGGGAAAGUAUUUAAAGCAGCUCAUCAAAAUAUGAAUCUAAUAAAUUUUAAAAAAACGAUAAUAAUUUUAGUAAGAAUACAGAACCUAUAAAAUCCUAUAGGUCAAAGCAUCAUGAUAUAUCUGAUUUUGUCAAUUAAGAUAAGAAAAAAUAAUAUUAAAAAUAAAAUAUUAAUUAAAAUAUCAAUGAACUAAAUAAUGAUAGUGUAUUUUUAAAGUAUGGCUCUUAUGAUAGCAGCAGACCUGCUUAAAAUAGCCAGUAAAAUUCAAUUAGUGAAGGAUUUCACAUAAAGGAAAGUGGAUAAGAAAAUUAUAAUAUUCCAUCUAAUGAAAUUUAAUACAGUAGUAGAAAACAGAAAUAUUAAAUGGUACCUGUUGAAGAAGAUGCUUAAAGCAAUAUCGAAAGCCUUUAGUCCUCAUUAAGACCUAAUUAAGCAAGCUUAACUAAAAACCAAAGUGGAAGUAAAAAAAGUAUGAAAAAGAGUAUAAAAAAGUUAAAUCAGUUGGAUGUCGAAAAAGUCCUUGAAAAGAAUUCUUCAAGGCUAGAAAAUUUAAAUGAACUAGAAAAUAAAAGUGUUUAUAUUUAGAAUAUUAAUUUCUAAAAUAUCUGA